AUGCCGGUACCCGCUUCGACGCUGUCAACGAUCACGAUCAAGCCGUACGAAGGCUCUUACGGAUUCGGUGCCGAGGUGUCGGGCAUCGACCUGAACACGAUGAGCCCCGAGCAGUUCAAGGAGCUCGAGCGAGCGAUCUACAUCCACCGGGUCGUCGUCGUCAAAGGUCAGAAGGAUCUGCUGCCCGAGACGCAGCAGCGCAUGGGCGUGCUGUUCGACCCCGAGACGCCCGCCAACCUCGGCCACAUGGAGGCUGUGCGCGGGCUCAACACGAUCUUCGGCGCCGGCGUCACCGAGCGCAAGCCGACUAUGCCUGGCGGGCACCUCGUCAACCUCAACGGCUCGGGCUCGUUCAAGGCGGGCCACUACGGCGUCCCGAAGGACUUUGUCCUGACUGGGCUCAGCAGCAAGGGCUUCCACCGCGACGAGCUGUCCCACGAGCAAGUCGAGAGCGGGCAUGUCCGCUUCCAAAGAUGGCACAUCGACUGGCCGGCGUGCGUCGGCUCCAACCCGGCGCCGGUCACGACCAUCUGGGCCCACACGCUUCCGACGGGCGAGGACGUGACGGUGCACUGGGAGGACGGCGAGGGAACGUGCGUCAGGAGCAGGCCUGGCCAGACCGCCUUCAUCGACUGCUUCGCCCUGUACCGCUCGCUGUCGCCCGAGCAGCGCGCCUGGGUCGACAACUCGCUCGUCGAGUACCCGCCCUCGCCGUAUCAGUGGCUGCGAGGCGCCAAGGCCGACGGGCUCGGGCUGAGGAUGUACGACGAGGGCAACGAGACGCCGCUCGAGGACUUGGCGGAGGGGGAGCCGCUCAGGUGCCCGAUGGUGUGGAUCAACCCGAUCACCGGCGAGAGAGCUCUUCAAGUACACGCCAUCAUCGCCCGGAAGCUGCACUACCGCUCGUCCCCGACAGCCGCCUAUCGGCUCAUCGACGACCUCGCCGAGGUGCGCGAGAUGCUCGACAGCCUGCAGCGCCCGUUCGUCAAGCCCGACAACGUCUUCUUUGCGCCGACUGAGGAGGGCGAUCUGCUGUGCUUCCACAACAGGGGUGUGCGCCAUUCAGCCGUCGAGUUUCCCGAGUCUCGCGGUCCUCGCCUUCUGCAUCAACUUCAGCUUAUCGCGUCGGACGAGCCCUGGAAUCCGAAGCGCGUGGUCGGGCAGCCGUACUACAAGGAUGAGGGGUUCAUGCCGCCUUCUCUCGCCAUCGCAGGAACUGCCUGA